AUGAGAAACAUUCUCACAUCAAAAGUAGUUAACGUAGUCACCAAUUAUGUACAUUCUCGAGACACCACCUAUGACCCAAUUAGAAUAAUGAUGAUGAACACCAAAAGUUUUUUAAGGGCGCAUCAGGAGCUGCUUGUGACGGGAUCAGAUAAGGGCAAUGUCACAGUAGUAAUGAAGAAAAGCGAUUACAUUGAUUUGUCAAGGGAACUUUUGACAGAUGAAGAACAUUAUCAGGUUUUGACCAGAGAUCCAACAAGCACAAUCCAACAAAAGUCAAAUGAAUUAAUGAUUAAAGUAAGACGUAAAAUAGGAGAUGAUUCAGGUAUUAUUAAGAAACACACUAUAUACAAUUCAAAAGUACCAAAAUUUUAUGGAUUACCUAAGGUACAUAAGCCUCAACUUGCUUUACGACCUAUAAUAUCGUCAUUAGAUGCUCCAACUAGCUGCAUUUCCCAAUAUGUGACAGAUCUACUAACAAUCUCGUACAACAGAGAUAAUGAAUUUUAUGUUCCUGAUUCCUUUUCAUUUUCAGACUUCAUAAAUAACUUCAAAUGCCCCCCUGAUUUCGUGCUGGUCAGCUUAGAUGUGGUCUCCUUGUUUACCAACAUACCUUUUGAAUUAGUAGAGCUGAGCGUUGUCAGACAUUGGAAUGAAAUUUCUCGGCAUACUCAGAUGUCACAGAACGACCUGUUGGAAUUAGUAAGGUUCAUCUUCGACAACGCCUAUUUCACAUAUCAAGGAAGAUAUUACAGGCAGACCUUAGGUGCUCCAAUGGGAGGUAAACUUUCCCCUAUUUUGGCACAAUAUGUGCUAGAUGAUCUUUUGACUUCGGUACUGCCCGGUUUGCCUUUUGUUAUGCCCUUUUUAAAGAAGUAUGUCGACGUCUGA